AUGGGUAAACGAUCUUGGAAAAAAACGCUUAUAAACAAUCUAACUUCACGAAGACGCAAGUCGUCUCAAGAACACCUUAAAGAACAUCGUCAUAAAAGUGGUCAGGUUUCUCAAACUUCACAUAGUGAAGACUCAUUUCAAGAAUAUCCUCAUGAAAAUAAUCAGGUUACUGCUCGUCCCACACGUGCUGCUAAGGUAAGAUGCUUGCAAAACUUGACUAACAUUACACGAGCAGAAAGGUCUUAUGAUUUAAAUGUUUCACGAGAGCGUGCGGCAGACCGUGUAGCUAAUGAAAAUAACGAUCAACGACAACGACGUCUGGAAGAUUUGCGGCAGCGUGCGGCACAACGCAAAGCUACAGAAACUGACGAACAACGAGAGCGACGUCUGCGAGAUUUGCGGCAGCGUGCGGCACAACGUAUAGCUAAUGAAACUGACGAACAACGAGAUUACCGAUUAGAAUUACAAAGAUAUCGAAACAGAAGAUGUCUCCUGAACAGGCUUCCU